UUUGCUCUGAACUCCAUGGAAGGCUGUUUUUCUGUAUGCCUUUCCUCCUUUCCCAGCUGGCUGUGUGUCGGAGCUGAUGGCAGCCCACCAAGAGCCCAGGCAGAAGGCGGCUGCUCUAAAUGGGAUUUAAUAAUCGGGCAGGAGGAGGUGCAUCGGCACGUGGUGGGGACUACACUUCCCGAGAGGCCCUGCUGUGGCCAUGCCUCCCUUUGGUGGAAACCCAGGCUUUAUCAAGAGCUGGAGGGACCAACCGCCAGCUCUCUCUGGGGACAAGCAGCCAUGGGACUGAGGUGCGGGAUAAGGACCACCAAGUGCCAGCUGCUGGUGACCAGCCUCUGUGUCAUGCUGCUGGGGUUGUCCAUUGCCACGCUGAGCACAGUCACCCACUACGGGCUCCAUUUCACCCUGAUCAGCAACAUCUCCCUGGAGAGCAGCUCCUACAGGGUCAUCCACCACACAGCUUUCUACUUUGGGAUCUGCCUCAGCAUGACCCUGAUCCUCGCAGCCCUGCUGAGCUCUGCCGCCACGGUGCGGGAAUCACAGUGCCUCACCGCCAUGGGAUUUUUCUGUUUUGCUCUGGCUUUCUGCGGAUUGAUCCCAGCUGCCUGCUGGAGAUACAUGCACAGCACAGAGGUGGAAGACAGCAUGAUGGAUGUGUACGAUCUUGUGUACGAGGAGGUGAGGAGGAACACCUCCAGCUUCAGGAGGCACGAGCUGACUGCCAUCCACGAAGCAUUCCUGUGCUGUGGGAAGCACUCUCCAUUUGGGGACACGACCGAUGUUGAGCACGAGACGUGCCCACCUGGCCAGGAGGGUGAUGCGGAACAGGACUGCCUGCGAGAGAUCCACAACUUUCUGAAGAAGUACAUGGACUUCAUCUCCACGCUCCUGGGUGUCACCAUCGGCUUCAUGGUUUAUGGGAUGAUCCUGACUUCAUUCCUCUGGUUCUCCAUCCACUUCAGCAGCAACCUGGAACGGAAAGGCAGAUACGUCCUGCGAGAAAGGUAGAAACCCGCCAGCUGGGCAUCCUUACCAGGUAGAGCCAGCUCUUGGCACGGGAAGAUGUCUGAAGUCACCCACAAAAUCCCCCAGGAGGGCGUUGCGUGGGGGCAGGUGGUGGGACACGUGUCAGGCGCUUCCCCUUCCUGCACUACGAGAUUUCGUGCAUUUCCGAGCUGGUCAGAGCAGACGAUGCUCUGCGGAGGAGCAGUCCCACACCUUCACCAAAAACAGACAAGGACUGAGACAUGCACCUGGGCUCGGAGAUGCAGAUUGCCUCGCUGGGGGACGUACGGGCUGUAGCUCCACAAGCAGGACACAAACAGUCCCUUAGGACAAAAACGGAGAGAAAAGCCCAGCAAGAACUACAGCAUUAAACCAAACUUCUAUUGCGCUGUCAUCUGAGCUGUUCCCUGUGACCCCCAAAGACGCAACGUUUCUAGGAAGAUGGCUUUGGAUCAUAGCCCAGGACCGUUCUUGUGCAAUUGGCAAAUACGUGGAUGCGAACCGUGGCAUUGCUGAUAGGAAAUGUGCUCUCCUAGCCUGGACACUUGUAAUGAGUGACUUUGGGCACAUUUCUGAUCAUGCUCGAGUAUGUAGGCAUCCAAUGAUCAUGACUGUUUUUUCUCUGUUUUCAAAUACUGCCAGAGCUUUUGGUAGAGAUCGGGGGAAAAAAAUCGGAAAGCAGUGCAUGAGCUUUGAAACAAAUGACCAGCAUAAGGGCAUAUCUCCCUGUUAUUCCUCCCUGCUAAUGCAAUACACCAUUAUUUUUUAAUUCUUAGGAUUUAGUCAACCUCCUAGAGCUUGAUGCCACACAGAUUUCACAGGAGCUUGUUCAACUUCCAGCCUUAGCUCUGUGUUUAUCUAGCUUCGCUAGCCCACCACACUGCUGUGCAAUACAAAAGGACUUUGACAUUACACAUACAUGCAGGACUGAAGUUUGAAUCUAUAAGAGAACAGCACUGAUCUCCAGCCAGGUCAAACAAUACAAUGUCCAACUCCAUGUCUCUUUACAUCACCUUAUCAAUAAUAAACAGAAAUUUGAAAAGCCUCAAUCAACUGAAGAACUCUGCUCUCAGUCUAGCUCAAACGAUGGCUCCCUGCCAUGCUUUGCCCUCAUUGCAAGGAGGCAGAGCCGCUUCUGAGCUGAAACCCAUCAUUGCAACAGAUUUAGCACCUGCUGGAAAACCUGCUGUAAGCUAUAUGGCUAUGUGAAAUGCCUGUUGAACCAACAACAGCUUUCAGCCCUCUCCUUCGUUGUGGCUUUUAGCCAUGCAAAACAGUAAGUAGCAAUUGUUCACUGAGGUAAAUGUGGAAACCCCCAUGCUGAUGUUCGGGACAGGU